UCCCAGUCCAUGCAGACUCCACCGAAGGACCAACUCGAACAUCCGGACCAAACCCCAGCCGAUCAAACAGCUCACGCACCAGAAGAACCGACAGAUCCAGUACCCCCAACGACCCAAGAAAAAGAUGGGACAGUCGACGGAAUCAAGUCGCCUCUUCGCACCAGAGGAAAGACGUCAGUAUUGCCCCUUUCCAGGAAACAUCUGGAGAUGCUCGCCAAUGUUACGCCGCCGCCACCCCAGUAUCGAGCCACUGUUCGCACAGACACGGUUUCGACUAUACUGGACCAGGAAAUGGAAUUCGAUCACGAGGGGAGUCAAGACGAAGACAAGUGCAAUGAUAAACAGCACGAUAUAUCUAGAGUCGAGAAGUUUCACGUGCUGGCUCUGACAAGAAUAGAGGAAACUUCGGGCGAGAACGAAUGUAGGAUAGGCAGGAGACCCAGCAUCCGCGUCGAUAACUGGGACUACAUCUACACCGAGAGGCUCUCGCCGGAACACGUUGCCCCAGGUCGCUUACGGUGUCCGAUACACCGCUACGGACCGGAACCGCCGCAUAGGAGGGACUCCAGCGAGCCGGACCUACCCCUGGACGCCAGGAAGUCGGCCACCCUCCGGAAGCACUACUACCUGGAGGGAGGAUGGGGUUGGGUGAUAGUGGUGUGUUCGGUGAUGGUGAACGUGGUCAAUCACGGCCUGCAGCUGUCCACGCCGCAGCUGAACAAGGAGGGCGUGCAGAAGUUCAAGGUGGAGCCGGUGCAUUUUGCUGGAUGGGUGGGAGCUAUGUCUACAGGGGUUGCCCUCUUGAUUUCACCAGUGACGAUAGCGUUCUGCAGGAGAAAAUCCACAAGAGUCACAGCUGUGAUGGGAGGACUUAUAACUGCCCUUGGAUGUUUGUUCACGUCUUUCGCGACCCAGUUUCAUCAACUAUUUUUCAGUUACGGUGCCUUCGUCGGGAUCGGAGUCGGCAUAACAAGGGACUGCUCGACGCUGAUGGUGGCUCAAUAUUUCAAGAGAAAACGAGAGUUCGUCGAGAUUUUUAUAGUUUCAGGCAGCGGACUGGGCAUCGCUACCAUGUCUACGAUGAUCAAAAGCGCCGUGGGAGCUCUAGGUUGGCGUCUGGGCCUACAGCUGGUAACAGGCGCCAUAUCCACCACCUUCAUCCUAGGAACCUGCUACAGAUCAGCAUCCCUGUACCAUCCACAGAGACGUGCCAUACUCCACAUCAAGAACCAAAAACGUAAAAUAAAAGACAAGAACAAGAUAGAAGAUAAGAUUCCAUUUUUCGAUUUUAGCACCUUGAAAAGUAAGACUGUUAGGAUACUCUUAAUUUCUACUGGUAUUAGCGCAUUUGGUAUAAAUACCCCCCUGUUCUACUUGGCCUACACCGCUGAGAUUGAAGGGCUUGGGGACUACACCAUGUUUCUGCAAGUAUAUCUAGGACUGGCUUGGGCUCUUGGCUGUGUGGUGUUCAGCACCUUGGUCAUCAACAACUCCACGGAAUGUAGGAUAGCCAGGCAGUACCUAUGUCAGACUGCUGUCUUCAUGUGUGGCCUGUCGAUUUUGGCAUUUACAGUUGUGAGCGGAAAUUACAGCGCCUAUGUGAUGUUUGCGUGGAUUUACGGUAUAUUCUGCGGUGGCUAUCACUACUCCCUUAAGAUGUACACUUACGAAAGAGUAAGAGCGAGGAACUUUGCAAGGACAUGGGGCUUUGUGCAAUGCUCCCAAGCUAUCCCUAUCGUCAUAGGUGUACCCUUUUCAGGCUACAUGAACGAGAACUGCGGCGACAGAUCCGGCUACUACUUCAGCUCCACCUGCGUCAUAGUGGGCAGCCUGACCCUAUUCAUGAUCGACGUCCAUCGCAGGAACAUCUCCAGGCACAAGCACACCAGAGAGAACGGCACCAAGCACCUCUGCGUCUCCGAAACCUGCCCCCAGAGACGCAAGCUUUCCUUCUCCCAAGAGCCGGACAACAAGGAGGCAGCCCUGGCAGCUACCAACGCCACCCACUUGGUCCUGGGGGCCGAGAUACCGGCCAGUCAGACUGGGCUGAUCGACCCCAUGCUCAUAUCAGCGGAAAAACCCGAACUGACCUGCAUAUCCGAGGAGGGCAUAGCCGACAUGGACUUCCCGGACAACCUGCUGGACGACCUGGACUACAUCGGCGACUGCAUCACCUCUUGCAACAAGGUGGAGAACUAUCUGAUGCUGAGCGAGUUCGAGAACAAUCUGAUCGCGGAAAUGCCUGUGAUAUUGGACCGUAAGGGUAGGAGGUGGUCUCUGGCGAGAUCCAAGCAGCCUCAGCCUCAGAACGGGGAGGAGAAUGGGGUCGGCGAUGAGGAGAACGGAAACGCCAAGUGCAAUAACGCGAAAUGGAAGUUGUUCCCUAACAGAGUUAUUACCGUGAUAGACGAAUCUUCCGUUUAGAUAGGACAAGUUAUUUAUUGACAGGGCGAAACCCACAGAUUAAAGAAAAAGAAUUCUGUGAUCUGUGGUGGAAACACAGAUCACCUUGACAGUUGUACGGUUUCUAUAAUGCCCCACACCCAUAGACAUAGUCUAUGACUAUAUAUUUAUGCUCACACCCCACACUUAGAACAUAGAUACAUCUAUGUUCUAAGCACUUUGAUAUAUCAAUCACGUCACUUUUAGUGGUUCAUAGAAAUUCCUUCAACUGUCAUAAAGAUCUGAUGUUUCAUUCUUGAACUAUAUAUUCAAUAAUAAUGAUCAAUGGAUGAAAGAGUGGGGAUGGAGAAAGAACUGUUUUUACCCGAAUUUGAAACAUAAAUAAGACUGAUUCUGCAUGACUUGUGAAAACUGGAAGAAGAAAUUUCUGAUUCGACAGUGCAGGAAAAUUUCCUAUCUUUGUCGAAGUUUCUUACGAAAAUUUAUUCCAGAAAGAACGACAAAUGGAAUGGUGCUAUCUGUACAGUCCCUUAGAGGAGAUUUUUUUCAAUUUGGACCCUUGAAACAUAUCCAUCUUUACUUUUCUCUAAAUGAAAACCAGUAAAAAACAUUUAAGUUCCCUUCUUUCCCAAAGUUCAGUCUCAUUCUGACUUUUUCAUUCAUUGAUAAGCAUAUAAACAUAUACACUUCAUAUAAACCGUUUGUGUAUAGUUAGCCUUUUUGGGGUGGUGGUUUCACCCUUCAAAAUAGCCAAAUUCAGAAGCCACCACUUCAAAAAAAAAUCGAAGAAAUCGUGUUGAACAUAUUGGACUCAAUAUAUCACUUCACCACAGUGUUUCAAAGUGAGCCUAACAAGGGAACAAUAGGAAUAAGUAAUUUUUUAGAGAAUUGGUCGAAAAUAGGUAUGCGAAACACUGAAUUGAAAUGGUUCCAUCCAAAACUAUACAGGUAGGCACUGCCUUCUUCACAGGCUUCCAUUGGAAAAGACUUUCGAGAAGCUCAAUAAUUAUAUUACUGCCAUAUAGAGAAAGAGCUACCUCAGAUAUACUAGCGGAGGAAAUGACUUCAAUAUGGCGCGAAAAAAGCAAAACAUAAUUUUUCUAAAAAUAAAUACAGAAGGUGUUAGUGAAAAACUAGCUGGAAAAAGAAUAAAUGCUAAUUCGACAUUUGACAUUUCGUUGAAAAAUUGUUAUGUAACAGAAUGUUGAGAGAAGUCAAAUAAAUUGUCAGUCAGUUUUCAAGAAAAACGUUGUUGUACUUAUUCAUUAACACCCUGUAUAUCAUAAAAUCCCUUAAAUAAUAUUGUAUUGGGAAUAUAUUAUAGAUGAGUGACAAUAUAUGAUGAAAGGAAAAAUUGCGUUUUGCUUCUAAUUUGUUGUUUAUUCUUGCGGUAGUGAUUUAUAACAGAUACAUAUAUUUAUCUUGUUUAUUAUACAUUUUGAUGGUUUGAUUAAAAAAAUAUAUGAAUAAAAAGAAUAUUGGCCAAAA